CUUUUUUUUUCUCCUCCAUUUGGAAUGAGACUCCUCUGUUCCCAGAAAUCCUAACCCCAACCGUAAACGAGAGCUCCCCCAAAAAGCUAGCGAGGGUGUCUCCUCCUCGCCUCCUCUUCGAGGGUAUGGAGGACGCCGAGGGAGCCCUCAGCUUCGACUUCGAGGGCGGCCUCGACGCCGGCGCCCCGGCCCAUGCCUCCUCGGCCCCGGCCUCCCUGAUGCCGUCCGACCCGACGGCUGCCGCGGCGAAUGCAGGUGCCGUGGCGACCCCCGUCGCCGGAGAUGCGGCUUCCACCGGAGGGAACAUCCCGGGCAGGCGGAGCUUCCGGCAGACGGUGUGCCGCCACUGGCUCCGCAGCCUCUGCAUGAAGGGCGACGCCUGCGGUUUCCUCCACCAGUAUGACAAGGCGCGGAUGCCUGUCUGCCGAUUCUUCCGCAUUUAUGGGGAGUGCCGUGAGCAGGAUUGUGUCUAUAAGCACACCAAUGAGGAUAUCAAGGAGUGCAACAUGUACAAAUUGGGUUUCUGCCCAAAUGGUCCUGAUUGUCGGUAUAGGCAUGCAAAGCUGCCUGGACCUCCUCCCCCUGUUGAUGAGGUCUUUCAGAAGAUUCAACAUCUGAGUGCUUUCAACUAUGGCUCUUCAAAUAGAUAUUUUCAGCAUAGGAACACUAGUUAUAACCAACAAUCAGAAAGGCCUCAAUUGUCACAAGGUUCUGCAGUAGCUAAUCAAAAUGCAGCAGCGAAACCACCAAUUCCAGUUGAACUGUCCAAUGUACAACAGCCACAAUCUCAAAUUCAGCAGUCACAACAACCACCACAGCCACCUGCUGACAAUCAGGUGCAGCAUAUUUCAAAUGGCUUGUCGAAACAAGCCACUAGAACUGCAUCUCCACUCCCUCAAGGGCAAUCUAGGUAUUUUAUUGUUAAAAGUUGCAACCGAGAAAAUCUGGAAAUAUCCGUUCAGCAGGGUGUUUGGGCAACUCAAAGGAGUAAUGAGGCUAAACUUAAUGAAGCUUUUGAAUCCUCAGAGAAUGUUAUUUUGAUAUUCUCAAUCAACAGAACUCGACAUUUCCAGGGUUGUGCCAAGAUGACAUCUAAGAUUGGUGGAUAUGUUGGCGGAGGGAAUUGGAAAUAUGCUCAUGGAACUGCACAUUAUGGUCGAAACUUUUCAGUCAAAUGGCUAAAGCUAUGCGAGUUGUCCUUCAAUAAAACACAUCAUCUCAGGAAUCCCUACAAUGACAACUUACCAGUGAAGAUAAGUCGAGACUGUCAAGAGUUGGAGCCUUUUAUUGGUGAACAGUUGGCUUCUUUGCUUUAUCUUGAGCCAGAUAGUGAACUCAUGGCAAUGCUGAUUGCUGCAGAAUCUAAAUGUGAGGAGGAAAAAGCAAAGGGAGUUAGUACAGAUGAAGCAGCUGAUAAUCCAGAUAUUGUCCUUUUUGAGGACAAUGAAGAAGAGGAGGAUGAAGAAAGCGAGGAAGAGGAUGAGAGCAGUGGCCAGAGUGCCCAAGGAAGGGGUAGAGGAAGAGGAAUGAUGUGGCAGCCACACAUGCCACCGGUGCGUGGAGGGAGGCCAAUGCUUGGGGUCCGGGGUUUCCCUCCUGUCAUGAUGGGUGCUGAUGGAUUUGGUUAUGGUGAUGGCUUUGCUACACCAGAUUUUUUUGGCGUUCCUCCCCGGGUUUUUGGACCAUAUGGGGGUCCCAGAUUUUCUGGUGACUUCUCAGGAACAGGCUCCAUGUCUGGGUUAGUUUUCCCUGGUAGGCCACCCCAGCCUAGUGCCAUUUUUCCAAUGGGUGGCCUUGGAAUGAUGAUGGGCCCAGGUCGGGCACCAUUCAUGGGUGGUAUGGUGAUGAGAGGUGUUGGUCGAGCCACUCGUCCGAUGGGAGUGCCGCCUUUCCUCCAUCCGCCUCCACCUCUACCCAACACUAGGGCUGCAAAGAGAGAUCAAAGGAGACCCGCAAGUGAUUGGAGUGACAUGCAUGAGCCAGGAUUGGAUCAGGGCAGCAAGGGUCAGGAAAUGACAGGCCCUAGCCAUGGAGUAGAUGAUGAGAUGGUGUCUCAUCAUGGUGCAAAGGCCCAAACUGAGGGUAAAUUUGUUUCUGCAAACAGUUUCCAGAAUGAUAGUGAGAGUGAGGAUGAGGCAGCACCAAGACGGUCGAGGCAUGGCGAAGGAAAGAGGAAGCGGCCUGGGUCUGAGGGUGAAGCAGCCUUGGACCAGUAAUAGACACCACCGACUGAGCAUCAAAACCACUGAGGUUACUAACAUCUUUGCUGAAGGGUUAUUUUCACGAUCUGAUGAGUGUGGUACAGGAUACCUGAAUUAACCACCCUCCUGUGACACUCUAUUCUCAGGUUUUGGAGCCUCCUGUUGGGGAGUUGGAAUUAAUGAGUGUCAGAUGGUUGUCGAAGAGUAAUAGGGUGCAUUAAAGAGAGAUUAAUGAUGUGUAUAAUAAUAUCUAUAAGAAGAAAGUAGGCACAUAGACUAUUGAAAUGCUUUCUAUUCUAUUGGACCCUGUACCGCAUAAUUGUAUAUGAAUUUGUGUACAAACUCGGAAUUCUUUUGUUGUGUAGAGACCUUGCCACUUACCACCAGUGGCUGUCAGCUUCGAUCAUCUGAAGCAUGAUGAGCAGAUUUUGUUUUCGUUUUCAUGCUUUCAAGAGACUUCCAUUCAAACUAAUCGUGAAAGAUA